AUGUCUUCAUUUCUGUCAUGGCUGAAACCAAUGAGCCAAGAGGAAGAAGACGAGGUCAGAAGAUGCCUCAAAGAAAGGUCGCAGAGACUAGAGACAUCAGGUUACGACGCGACACGGGAUGGGCCCGUGGACGUGGCUCUUGCCCUCCGACUAGGCAAACUCCUGCGCCGAGAUUCUGUCAAAGAGUGGUGCUCAAAGGACGGCCCUGAAGCAGCAGAGUUUGCAAAGACCUACCUCGACCUCCUGCAGGAUUCCUGGGACAGUCCAGUCACCGGGCUCUUCAAGAUCUCAACCGGCCUCAGUGGCGCAGCAGGGCCUCUGGCACCCAUUUCUCAGUACUUUCGUAGCGGCUUUGCUGUCUCGCGCGAUGUCUCUGCUGCUUCCCAGCACCGUCUUGCUGUUGACCACUCGAAAGUACCCGAUGCAAUGUCACAGACGGCCUCAGACCAACCGCGUGGGCUUCAAUCCGGAACCAUUGAAUCACAGCAUGAUAUGGAUACGCUAAGCAACAAGGAAUUGGUUUCCGGCAUGGCCAAAAACCUAUGGGACAUAGCCCGUAUGGCCAAGCUUGCCUUGAGCCCCAAGGUGCUCAAGUUCUUCUGGCAUAUUCGAAGACGGGACGCGGAACUUACUGCUCGGGAAUUGGAAGAGAUACGGGUGGAAAUGAACGACGUUUUAUUGAAAUCGACAAAAGAAGACGGGGCGGACAGCUCUACCCGUGUCAUGCUGGAGCAUUUGAACGAGACAUUUCGGGAGAUGACGGAGACAGUUCUCAAAUCGCAGCAAAAGCAGGACCCGGUUUACACCAGCGCCUCAUACGACCCGGCCUUGGACAUGAAACGCUUCAGUUCGGUGGCUUGGAUGAGUGCGGUAGUCUUGCUCAGUCUACCGUACUUUCAACGGGCCUGGAUCGUCCAAGAGUUGGCAUUUGCCAGAGAGAACACCAUGGUUUGGGGGAGUCAGAUUUUUGUGUGGAAGGACAUACGACGAGCUACCAAGUACCUAUCCUCGAACAACACCUGGGCCCUCUUACGGAGGGAAGUGGAUGCGUUCAAGCCGAUGUGGGAGCACCUGGAGUCGCAGUCCAGCAAACUCAGUGCUGAGCCCUUGUCCAGCGCAAUCGAACUACACGUCACGAUUAAGAAUCUUGCGUUCAGGGCCCUUUCACCCGAGUCGCCGUACAAGCUGCUCAUGGCAGGGCGGCUACUGCAGGCCAAAGACCACAGGGACAAGUUCUUCGCGAUGCUGGACCUGGCCAAAACGAGUGCCGAAAGGCUCGGCACGCGAUUCCCGAAUUUUAAGCCGGACUACAACAAGAGCAUCGAACAGGUCAUUAAAGAGUUUACAGUUGAGUUUAUCAAAGCCAAAGGGGACCUGACUAUUCUCACUCAAGUGGAAGAUCGUAGCCUUCGCAACAAACGCACUCUGCCCUCUUGGAUGCCGGACUACACCGCAGCACUGCUUCCCCUGGAUCUUUUAGGCGCUUCACAGAAGAAGAGAUGGAAAGCAGACGGUGGUGCUCAGCGUGGUAUCAAGAUUGUCGCGGCCAACUCUGUACUUGCUGUGCAUGGCCACAGAGCAGACACAAUCCAAGCGACAGCGGUUAGCUUUAAUAACAUCAUGGCUAAUGGCGACUGGCGAUCUGUUCUAGCGCUCACCAAAUCACUGUACGAGAUGGAUGGGCCCCAUGUGAACUAUCCAGCUGACGACCGUUUGCUGAGCGCGCUUCUUUGCUCCUCUUCCGUGCUGAAGAUGGGCAAAGACUCGGAGGCAAGGGCCCAGCUCAAGGCGGAAUUUGGAGACUGGAUGAUCAACAAGCUGCGGGUCAUUGAAGAGAAGUCGAGAUGGGAUCCCACAGCCGCCGUGCUCCUGGCAAAGAGAGAGCUGGAUGAGAUGAAUGACUAUCUCAAGGAGAACAUGAGCGACCCAAACGCCCCGAGACUGGGAAGCGGAUUGCCCAUGCCCAACUUGACCACACCAGAUGAGUUUCGCAAGAUGAUGUUCUCCGGACCGCAAACGGAGACAAUCAGCUCACGAGAUGCCGUGGACCUCAUCGACGCGACUAAAUCAGCAAUGACCCAGCUCUGGGAGCUGAACCAGGACGGCUUCUUCCCUUCCCCAUCACAAACCUGUGAGACACUGAGGGCGUUCCAGCCUGUAGCCGUAGUCGCGCCCAACGCGAAUGCCGAUGAGCGACAAGAGGAGCGGCAGAGAAUCCAAGACCGGGCCAAGAAGUUCGAGCUCGCGAUGGGCUCCCAUUUGGAGGCACGCGUGCUUUUCCGCAGCGCGAGCGGAUAUCUAGGCCUCGCGCCGCAGAGUGCCGAGGCAGGGACAGACGAGGUCUGGGUGCUGGCCGGGCUGCCUGUGCCCAUCGUGCUGCGGCCAUGGCACGGCGCUGCGGGCGAUAAUGCGUACCAUGUGGUUGGCCAUUGCUAUCUCCCAAACCGCAUGAUGGCGGACGCGGCGAAGCACCCGCCGGAUUAUUUUCAGCCGCUACAUCUCGUGUAG